AAUGCAUUAGUCCGAGAUAUAACUACACUAGAUAGCAAGAACUUUCAUGUUAACGUCUUGGGGUGCAAAAACCUCACCUUCCAGCAUUUUACCGUGAGAGCACCUGGUGAGAGUGUAAACACCGAUGGAAUCCACAUCGGCCGAUCUACUGGGAUCUACAUUAUCGAUUCAAAAAUUAGCACAGGCGAUGAUUGUAUCUCCGUGGGAGAUGGCACCGAAGAAUUACAUAUCACAGGAGUAACAUGUGGACCUGGCCAUGGCAUCAGUGUUGGAAGUUUAGGGAAAUACCCCGAUGAGAAACCUGUUUCUGGAAUAUUUGUCAAGAAUUGCACCAUCUCAGAUACUACAAAUGGCGUUAGAAUAAAAUCUUGGCCAGCUUUAUACGGUGGUGUCGCAUCUAACAUGCAUUUUGAGGAUAUUGUCAUGAACAAUGUCCAAAACCCUGUAAUCAUAGAUCAAGGGUAUUGCCCAUGGAACCAAUGCAGUCUAAAGGCUCCAUCAAAAGUGAAGAUCAGUGAUGUUAGUUUUAAGAGCAUAAGGGGAACUUCUGCAACUCCGGUUGUUGUUCGGAUUGCUUGCAGUAGUGGCUUCCCAUGUCAGAAGGUGAAGCUUGCUAACAUUAACAUUGCAUAUAGAGGACCAGGAGGCCCUGCAAAAUCCCAAUGCUCUAACGUUAAGCCCAUAAUUUCUGGGAUAAUGAGCGCAUCUGGAUGUUGA